AUGGAUAAAGAAAAUAACGAAAAUUCAAAGGAAAAAACGAAAACAUUCUUAAAUUUAUUUAAAAAGAAGAAAAAAAAAAACAUAGCUGAAAAUGAGAAAAAUGAAAAUAAUGAAAACCUCAAUAAUGAAACGAGUGAAAAUAUAACAGAAAAUUUGAAUACAAAUUCUAAAGAAGUUGGAAAAAAUAAUAAUGAAAAUAAUAUUAACAUUGUAAAUAAAAAUUCUGGACCAGGUAUAGAACAUUCUAAUAAUAUUAAUGAAAGUUGGAAUAUCGAUAAAAACAAUGAAAUGUUUCCUUCAAUAGUUUUUGCAAAAUUAAACCCGAAUUGUAACAAAUCUGUCGACCAAAAUGAGAAGAAAAAAAAUGCAAAUAAUGAAAAAAAGAAAAAUGCCACAAAAAAUGAUAAAAAUAAGAUCAGUGAAAAAAAUUGUAAUUCUUCUGACCCAAGUAAUAUUGCUCAAGGGGAAAGUGAAGAACAAUCAUCAUGUGCUGAAUAUAAUAAUAAUAAUAAUAAUAAUAAUAUUGAAAAAAAUCAAAAUAAAAAAAAAACAAAAGGAAAUGGAAAAAAUGAUAAGAAUGAACAUAAUUCAAAUUCAGACAAUAAUACCAAACAUAUGAAAAACAAUUCGAAUCAGACACUUUCUGAAAACCAAAAUAGUAAGUAUAAACAAAAAAAUGAAAGUGAAAAUAAUAAUGAUGAUAAUAAAAAUAAGCAAGAUAAAAUUGUAGAAAAAAAUGAAAUUUCUAAUGUUAUAACCAAUGAAAAUACAAAGGGUAAAAAGAAUAAAAAAGGUAUAAAAACGAAUGAAAAUAAUUUAAAUUCAACAUUAAGUGCAAACCCAACGAGUAAUAACGAUUACAAUUAUACGAAAAACAAAAAUGAAGAUCGAAAAAAAAUGGAAAAAAAAGAAAAUCUCGAUACAAAAAAUAAUACGGAUAUGUACAAUGGUAAUUGGGAAAAUCAUAAAAAUGAAAUAGUAAAUACAAAUAUGAAUAAAAAAAGCGAAAAUAUAAAAGGAAAUAAUGAUAAAAAUAUAAAAAAAAAAGAAUCAAAUAAAACAAAUAUCGAAAAAAAUUCUAACAAAGAAAGUGUAAAAAAUAAAAAAGAAAAUGAUAAUACAACAGAAAAUGGCAUAAAAAUUGCAAAUGUGCAGAAAGAAGUAGCUAGUAGACAAAUCUUAGAAAAGGAAAUAUAUACAGAAAAAAAAAAAAAAAAAAAUAAUAAUAAUGAAAAUAAAAUUAAUAUUUCUUCAAAUAAUGUAGAAACAAAUGAAAAAAAAGAAGAUACAUCUGACAUAGAAAAUAAUGAAGAUAUAUCAUUGGAAGAAAUACUAUACGAAACAACAGAAAGAUCAAAAGUAUAUAAUAGAAAAAAUUAUGGAAUUUUAGGUAUAUUAAAAUCAAUAAAAACAAAUGAUCCACAUUUAAAUAAACUAUCUUUAGGAACAGAUUUAACAACAUUAGGAUUAAAUUUAAAUUCUCCAGAUUUUAUUUUCCCAUCAUUUACAUCACCUAUAUCAGAUAAUCCAACCAUGAAAGAUGAUUAUUUUAUAAGACCUGAGUCAUAUAUAAAUACUCAAUUUCAAGUCCGUUUAUCUUUAUUAUUAAAAUUACAAACAGAAACAUUAUUCUAUAUUUUUUAUAAUUUGCCAAGAGAUAUAUUACAAGUUUAUGCAGCUUCUGAACUGUACAUAAGAAAAUGGUUAUAUCAUGUUAUAUAUAAAAAAUGGUUUACCCCUAAUACUACUAAUAAUUUAACACAAAUAGAAAAAUGUUCUUCUUGGAUUUAUUUCGAUCCAAGUACAUGGUCAAAAAAAAAUUAUAAUAAUUUUUUAAAUUCAAAAGAUAUAAUGAAUGUUGAAGAAGUAACAAAAUCCAUUGAAGAAAUAAUUAAAAUACAAUCCUACUAUAAUAAUAUUCACCAAAAUAAUUCAAAUAAUAUUCCAUCUACUUAUGAACCACAAGUCAACAAUAUAAAUAUUCCUAAUUCAUCCUAA